GAGUAUUGAGAUGCCACAUGACAAGACACGUGCAACAUAUUAGAGUUUGUUAGAGAAAUCAGUUAGAAGAAAACUGAGUCAGUUACAUCUAAUAAGAAGUAGUUAGAGCUCACUCACUAUAAAUACUAAUGCACUGUAACAAACUAGUAAGUUCAGCUAAUACAUCUCAUUUUCCAGAAAAUUCUCCUCCUUCACUCUCUCUCUCUCUCUCUCUCUCUUGCUCUCUCUCUCUUCUUUCAUUCUUGUUCUUCAUCUUCAAGAGUCUGAUACCUUCACAUGGUAUCAGAGCUCAACGAUCCAUGGAGAACACUGCGCCAACACCAAAAGCUCCAACGAGCUUCCUCAAUCAGAACACGUUCGCUGCGUUUUCAGCCAUUAAACUCAACGAGAACAACUACAAAGCAUGGAAGAAACAAGCACUAGCGUGCAUAAAGGUGAACAAGCUUCAAAGUCAUCUUGAUCCAAGGAUGGUACCUGCUAGGUUUAGCUCAGAAUCAGACAGACAUGAAGGAAUCGAAGCUCAAAGCUACACAGACUGGGAAGUGCAAGAUCAGUGCCUUGUGGCUUGGUUAACAGCAACAAUGGAGUCUAACUUUGUCAACCGUGUAAUUGAGUACGAUUAUGCAUACCAGAUCUGGAAUGUGUUGAGUGAAUAUUUUGAAUCUAGAGUCAAAUCGAGGAUUAAGCAGCUCAAGACUCAGUUAAAGACACUCAAGAAGCACGGUUCUCCAGUCACCGAAUACAUGGCGAAGAUCAAUCAAGUUGCUGACGCACUUAGUGCACUUGGAGCUCCACUAACCAAAGACGAGUAUAUUGAAGCUGCACUGGGAGGGCUUGGCGAAGAAUACAAUGUUUUCAUCACCGUGGCAACAGCAAGGAUUGAAGAGACGUCAGAAAGCGAGUUUGAAUCUCAGUUGCUCGCUCAAGAAGAAUUAGUUGACAGAUUUCGAAGGACGGAGCUAGGACCAGUUCAGGCAAACAUUGCUCAAAGAGAAGAUAUUCCAGAAAGAUUUCAAGGAAGAGGGUUCAACAACUAUAGAGGAGGUUUUCGAGGCUCGAGAGGCAGAGGCUAUUUCAGAGGCACAGGAAGGUCAUCAUGGUGGCAGGGCAGUAGGCCACAAUGCCAACUUUGUGGGAAACUUGGCCAUACAGCAGUGCAGUGUUUUCAUAGGUUCAACCAAGACUUCAUGAAUCCACAAAUGCAGCCCCUCAAUGCAGCGCAACCACCUUCAGCAGCAUUCCACAAUGGAACAAGCUCUCAAAACUCUCAACAAAGAUUUCAAGAAGUGAAAACUCAGCCUCCCGCACCACUCAAUCCUCAAGCAUUCCUUACAUUGCCUUCAGCUCUCCCAGACACAGCUUGGUACCCUGAUUCGGGUGCAUCUCAUCACAUCACGUUUGACAAAAGGAACCUCAUCACAGGAUCUGAUUAUGAUGGCACUGAACAAGUGUUUGGAGGUAAUGGCCAAGAUCUCCAAGAAAAUCCUCCUUCAAGGAUUGCUUAAAGAAGGACUUUACAAGUUUGAAGGGAUCGAAAUUGGCCCAAGAACAAAGUCUGUACCUGUUAAUCCUACUUGUUUCAAUGCAAAUACUGUUGAAAACUCCCAAAAUACAUAUGUUGAAUCUGAAAAUAAGCAUGUGCAAGCCACUGCCAAUGCGAGUUCAGCAUUGAAUAAUAAAGAGAGAGCUGCUGCACCCUCUCACCUAGCCAAACUGAAUUGUAAUUCAACGGCAAAUAAAGUUGUCACAAGUCCAAUUUCAAUUUGUAAUUCUGCCUCUCAAUUGUCUGUAAAUACCUUAGUAAGUCCUAUUUCAAAUGCAGAAGCCCAUGUCACUUGUAAAAGGGUUAGUGAUACAAGCCAAUUAUGGCAUAGAAAAUUAGGACAUCCAUCUGAUAAGGUGGUAACUCUAGUGAUGAAUCAAUGUAAUGCUUCAAGUUCUGAUAAUUCAAUGAAUAAAAUUAGCUAUGAUCCUUCAUUAUGCAAUGCUUGCUGUAUUAGUAAAAUUCACCAACUACCUCAUCUUGAGUCUCAUUCUAACUAUGCACCUUUAGACCUUAUAUUUUCUGACAUUUGGGGGCCAGCACCCUUAUACAGCAGAUCAGGUUGCAGGUAUUAUAUCUGCUUUAUUGAUGCAAGCACAAGGUAUACUUACACAUACCUACUGAAGACCAAAAGCCAAGCAUUUGAAGCAUUUCAGCAAUACAAGUCAGCAAUCGAACUCAAGACUGGGCUAAAAAUCAAAGCCUUACAAACAGACAACGGUGGAGAAUACUUGUCCACACCAUUCAAGCAGUUUUUGGUAACAAAUGGCAUUCAACACAGACUUACAUGUCCCUAUACCCAUCAGCAAAAUGGCUUAGUAGAAAGAAAACACAGGCAUAUCACAGAAACCUCACUCACAUUGCUAGCCCAAGCUAACCUUCCUUUAAACUUUUGGGAUGAAUCAACCCUCACUGCCACUUACCUCAUUAAUAGACUACCCACC